ACAAGCCCUCGGUCUUGGCGUCCCUCCCACUCUUUUGAUCACACAAUCUCUCGUUCUUCCUUCUGCCAUCCAUCACUUCUCAAAGAUCGAAGAUGUCAACCAGGGUGGAAAAAUCGGAAAACCAGAAAGCUGUCGAGCAACUUAAGGCAUCGGCAUUGGUUAUACACUCCACAGAUGUUAAAAAGCUUAAAAGAAUCAGAAAAGCUGAAGUUGAAGCCUCUAAGCUUAUGCCUAUGGAUUUUAUUAGUGGUAGUGAACGCUAUGCCAAACGCAAUGCAACCAUUAAGAUAACUACAGGAUCAAGAGAGCUUGACAAGAUAUUGGAAGGUGGAAUUGAGACAGGUUCUAUCACUGAGUUACAUGGUGAAUUUGGAACUGGGAAAACUCAAUUGUGUCUCACUCUCUGCGUCACUUGCCAGUUACCACUAGACAAAGGAGGUGCUAAGGGGAAAGUUAUGUACAUAGAUACAGGGGGCUCAUUUAGGCCUCAACGACUCUCACAGAUAGCAGAUAGAUUUGGAUUGGAUGGGUCUGAUGUAAUGGGAAAUGUCACUUAUGUUAGAGUGAAUAACACUGAUCAGCAAUCACGGUUUCUGCUGCAAGCAGCUUCAAAGAUGGUGGAAACAAGGUUUGGUCUCCUGAUAGUAGACAGUGCUACUGCCCUCUAUAGAACAGAUUUCCUUGGAAGGAGAGAGCAUUCAGACCGGCAAAUGCAUCUAGGCAAGUUUCUGAGGAACCUUCAGAAAUUAGCAUAUGAGUUUGGUGUGGCUGCUGUAAUAACCAGUGAAGUAGUUUCACAAGUAGACGGUGGUGAACCUAAGCCUAUUGGAGGCAACACUGUGGCUCAUGCUGUAACAGCAAGGUUAGCUCUCAUGAAAGGAAAUGGGGAAGAGCGAAUAUGUAAAGUGAUAAGUUCUCCGUGUUUGGCCAAAGCUGAAGCAAGAUUUCAGAUUUGUGCUGAAGGAAUUGUAGACGUUAAAGACUGAUAUAAUGAAAUUUACAUUUUUUCCGUUGCUUGUGUCUUUUUGUGAUAUACAUCCUUAGUUUUAGAGUUUCUUGAACUUCUCUUGAAUGAUGGAUCUAUUUCUCUUGUCAAAGAUUUCUCAAGCAUUUGCAGAAUAUAUCUUUGUUACUCAACUGUUUGAAGUGUUAGCCCAGCAUUUACAUUAAAAAAUUUAUCAUCCUCUUUGAUGAUUUCACCUGCUUUUCAGUUAUCUUCUGUUGUCGAAAAUGCACCAAUACGAUAAAAAGAAACCUUUAUUACAAAAAUGCAGACUUAUUCACAUUAAUUUAUUCUUAAUCAAGGAACAGAAAUUUUGAGCCAGACCGUUCAAUGUCGUCCACAGAACUUACUUCCUUCCAUUCUUUCUUUCUUUCUUUCUUUCUGUUUUCAGUUUUAUAAUAGAAGUUCUGGCUGACUUUUAUAGGAUCAAUUUCACAUGGAAAUAGAAGAGAAACCCCAAAUAAUUUAGGACAGAAAUAAAAGAAUGCCCUUUUUAACAUAACUUCAUGAAAACAUAAAAUUUGUAAAGAAAUGUGUUAGAAACUUAGAAUAUUAUGAAAAUAUUCAAUAUUAUCUACUUCGUAUCUCAGAAUAUCUACCUUCUAGGGUCACUUUUCUAUUUCCUCAAUAUAUCUUAAGAUUGAUUACCAUAUCACCGUAUUUCAUGAUUUGUUUCUAUUUAUUUAGGAUCAUGAUUAGUAUAAACAAGGGUUAGUGGUCUAACCUUUCAAGAACAUACCAUCACAUCAUAGUUAGAAUAAUUCUAAAUCAUCUUACCUUUUACACCAACAAAUUCUCCUAAUUACUAGAUGGAGAAACUAUAAAAUAUUUUUUUAUAUUUUCCAGAUGUAAAUGCAUAUAGUUGUUCAUUUAAUACUUAGUUUAUAAAGUAGGAGGAGGAUUAUUAGGAAGAUCUGUUGAACAUAUCAAAACUCAUCAAGUCAAUAUCAAUUUCGUAGUAUUUUAUAACUAUUCUCUCUAUUAUCUCCCUCUACACCUAAAACCUGAUAAUAUCAACAAAAUGAAUAAAAUGAGAUCCCCAGCAUACCGUUUUAUGCCUUCUUAAAAGAAGACAAAGUCCUCACAAAACUAGCUGAUUGCAUCUUAAUAUCAUUAAACUGCUCUUCAGACUGCUGCAACUUUUGUUCAGAAUCAAGCAAUUUGUCUUGCAUUGCCAUGAAAGCCUCUCCCAAGUGAGCUUGACAAGAUAUUGGAAGGUGGAAUUGAGACAAUUUCUAUCCGAGUUAUAUGGGGGAUUUGAAACUGGGAAGACUCAAUUAUGUCUCACUCUCUGCGUCACUUGCCAGUUGCCACUAGACAAAGGAGGUGCUAAGGGGAAAGUUAUGUACAUAGAUACAGGGGGCUCAUUUAGGCCUCAACUACUCUCACAGAUAACAGAUAGGUUUGGAUUGGAUGGGUCUGAUGUAAUGGGAAAUGUCACUUAUGUUAGAGUGAAUAACACUGAUCAGCAAUCACGGUUUCUGCUGCAAGCAGAGCUUCAAAGAUGGUGGAAACAAGGUUUGCUGUAGUGAUAGUAGACAGUGUUACUGCCCUCUAUAGAACAGAUUUAUCUGGAACGGGAGAGCUUUCAGCCCAGCAAAUGCAUCUAGGCAAGUUUCUGAGGAGCCUUCAGAAAUUAGCAGAUGAGUUUGGUGUGGCUGUUGUAAUGACAAAUGAAGUAGUUUCACACGGUUCUGCAGUCUUUGAGCCUAUUGGAGGCAACAUUAUAGCUCAACAACAAGGCUAGCUCUCAUGAUAGGAAGUGGGGAAGAGCGAAUCUGUAAAGUGAUAAGUUCUUUUUGUUUGGCCAAAGCUGAAGCAAGAUUUCAGAUUUGUACGGAGGAGUUGUAGAUGUUAAAGAUUGAUGUAAUGAAAUUUACCUUUUUAUCUUUGCUUGUGUUGUGAUAUACAUCUGAACCUCUGAUUAACCAAUAACUAGGCUCCAGAUAACAAUUUUUUUGUUCUUU